GAUCUUUUCCUGCAUCUUUCCCUUGUGCCUGCUCUCUUCAUCAUGGCUGUGUUGUCGUACCUCCAGAGGAGGGUUAGACAGACGGCCCUCGACAGCAAGAUUCCUGCUCUUAGCGGCCACUUUGGCAUAGUUGUGGUCGCAGAGGGGGCUGGAGCCUAUCCCAGCAUACAUUGGGCGAAAGGCAGGAAUACACCCUGGACAGGUCGCCAGUCCAUCGCAGGGCACACACACCAUUCACUCACACACUCAUACCUACGGGCAAUUUAGACUCUCCAAUCAGCCUAACCUGCAUGUCUUCGGACGGAAACCGGAGUACCCGGAGGAAACCCACACAGACACGGGGAGAACAUGCAAACUCCGCACAGAGAGGCCCCGGCCGAUGGGGAUUCGAACCCAGGACCUCCUUGCUGUGAGGCGGCAGUGCUAACCACUGCACCAUCCGUGCCGCCAAGACCUGACCAGCAGACUGAAAUAUCACCAAACCUUUGUUUUUAGUCUCUGUUUAUCUCAGUUUUUAGGUCUGUCCUGGACCAGAAAGAGGCUACAGUGUCAGUCAGCAACAUGGCACAUUUCUCAUAAUGCUUUCUUGUAACACUGGCACAAUGAAUACAAUACAGCAUCAUAAAUAUUGUGAAGCAUUAUUGAAGGUUAUGUAUUGUUUGCUUUUAAAGUUAUCCAGUAACUCUGAAAUUACUACACAUAGGGUAGAAGCUGGAUUGUGUUGUCAUCAGAUCUGUUGCAGACUUAGGGCACAUAAUUAUUUGAAAUUCUUUAAAACCACCAGGUUAAAUAUUUUGGAGAAAAUUCUUUCAUAUGACCAUAUACUUUUUCAGGGAUGUUUUAGAAUUGUACCUAAAUUCUGUUGAGAGUCAUGUUUGAGGAGGUCAGAGCCGCUGUGUGUAAUGGCUGUGUGUAAUGCUUUUCAGGCCACUGGACCUGAUCACCAGCCUCAGUAACAGGUGGUCUUACGGCUUCGCCUUCGGCGCGGUGUCGUCCAGCGUCAUGCUACUCUUUUCUGAGAGCUAUCUGCCUUUCCAAGUCCCGGCCUGGGCUAUAGCCAUCGUGUACCUGGUUGGAGCUCUGGAGGUGGGCUUGGCGUACUUCCCCUUCUUUGCCUGUCUGUCGACCCCCUUUAGAGCAGCUGGAGCAGUGCUGGGAUUCCUCUACACUCUAGUAUGGGUUUUAGUAACACUGUGGGACACUGUCACCUGCCCUGCUGGCAAUAUCCUCGGAAGGUUCCAGAAGCCAGUGCUGCAGUGGCCGUGUAUCCUGUGUCUGGUCUUCCUGCUGGGCCGAUUCGUCCACAUGCUGGUGAAGGCCGUCCGCAUCCACCUGGGGCUGGAGAGGGCAGAGGGUCAGGAGCAAUUGCUGCAGAGUCAUCAGGCUCAAUACAUUCAGACUUUACUGAGCCGCCCUUCCCAACGGAGGAUGGAGCUGAACUGGUUUCAGAGGAAGGUUUACACCUGGGACCCGCACUUCAAGUUUCCCAACAGGAUGAUUGGCACUUCCAUCAUUUCUCUCAUUGGCCUGUAUAUCAUGACGGUGGCAGAUUACAGUCUGAGCGACUACGCCUUUGACAGCCUGGACGUGCUGAAGGACUCGCUGGAGGAUCUGGUCAUCUCCUGUAACCUCACAGAUCACUCCAUCGCUGCCUUGGUCCCCCAGCUGAAGGAGUUCACUCGAGUAGCCCGAGGUGCCUGGCUCGCCACAACUAUUUUUGCCAGCCUGACCUCUGUGUCGUACACAUUUCACGUGUUAGCAUGUUACAGAAAGCACCUGAAGAGAUUAUGGGCGGGACAGAAGCACUUCCUGCCAGAGAAGUUCCACCACCCUAGCCCCGCCGUCAGUGUGGCAGCCAUUGCAAAGUACUCAGGCUGGCAGAUUGCUUUUAUGAUGUGGGGCUUCUUGAUCAUACAUUUUGUUCAGUUCCUCUUCGCACUGCUCAUAGCUUACCUGGUGGUCGUUCCUCUUCAACACGGCAAUGGUCUGGCCAUGCUGUCUAACCUGGGCUUCAUCAUCCUGACGGUCGGUGUGGUUAUGGGUAUGGUCGCCCUCCAGCUGGUUCUUGUUCAGAAGUUCUUUCUUCAAGACAAGAUUUCCCCCACUGAUAAACAGAAGCCCUUGGCUCUUAAUAACAGGUAUGAGUUCAGGAGGGCCUUCCACAACUUCAACUACUUCUUCUUCUUCUACAAUGUGAUCAUGGGUCUGAGCAACUGCAUUCUGAGGCUGCUGACCAGCUGUGUGCUGGGCACCUGGCUGAUCUCACGCAUCGACCGCACCAUCAUGCAGAGGGGCUAUGAGUCCCUGGACCCAGGCUACAGCACCUGGAUAGGAAUGAUCUUCGCCGACCAUUACCACAGCAACCCUGUCCUGAUAUGCUUCUGCAACCUCCUGUUGGAAGAACGGCUGCAGAAGGAGAGAGCAGCCAUCACGUAUUCACCUUCAAACAGCUCAGCAGCCGUAUCAGUGGAAGGCAGCAGGGCAACACGUCGAUGGCUACUGCUGUACACCCUGCUGAAGAACCCUCAGCUGAUCCUGCAGAGGAAACGCCUGGCCUCCACCUCCGCCCACGACGACUCUUCGGGCCGCGCCCCACUGGAAACCAUCGCCCUGGCUUGCGUUCUAGCCCUGCAGAGGAGCAGGGUUCAGGGGGAGGCAGACACGCCCGCCCCCAUAAAGGGGGGGCCAGACACAGACGCACGUCCAACGGCUGACUGAUGCCUUUUGGCAACCCCCCUGCCCCAAAACACCCAACUGAACGCCACAUUUCCCCCACAAACCCUCAGGCUGAGAAAAUUUACGAGGAACCUGCAGUCAAACUGAAAGGUCACAGAAGCUGUUGAAUACUCUACCCGAACAAGAGAUAAAGCUUCAGUUACACAGCAACAUUGCUUUAGGUGCGUGAUAAGGACAUAAGUCCCCUCAUUAACAUUCUGCUUUUAAAUUCAUUUAUGUUGCUUCCUCGGAAAUGAGACAACAUUUGACUUGGCUAUGCUGGUGGUAGUAGAGUAUAAUUCAGAGGGGACUCGGCUUGUAGCUCAGAUGAGAAAUUCACACCCAAAUGGAGGAACUGCCUAUGUAGGGGAAUUUCCUCUAUACAUAACCAGCUGUAUACAUGGAUAAUGUGGAAAACCGUGAGAUGUAUCAGUUGCCCUGGAUACGGGCAUCCGCUGAUCAAGCAGUCAACUUAAACAAAAGCCCCUUUUUUGCAACAGAUUAAACCUGUAUUUAAGUAUGUAUUUAUAUUUUGUUAUUGAUAUAUUUCAUUAAUUUGGUCUUAACAUAAAUGUUUGUAACAACUCAGCA